CCAAAACUUACCCUAUAAAUGCCGGCAUUACCAUAUAAUUUACCCUGCCCCCAUAAGUCCAAUUUGUGUUGUCUCUGCUCCGAGGCCAUGGCGGCAACCAACCCCCAAUGCCUAUCUUCAAUCGAGUCCGUGUUGAAGAAACCAACACUCGAUCAUGAUGAUUAUCAAUGUGAGGUGGAAAGUUCCGAGACUUGGGAGUGCAUCGAUCGAACGACGAAUGCCAAAUCCGAAGAUGAAGAAUCCGACGGUGGCGACAUUACAGAAAUAAAACCCAAAGAUUACCAAGAUGGACUCUAUGUUGAAAUCUGCAACUCAGCUCUUGCUUACUAUAUGGAUAAGCAUCCAGGAGAAUGUUAUGAGUUCAAGAGCAUGAAAAGGGGAUAUUGGUGGAUUGUUUGGUCAACUGCGACUUAUGAGCUGGUAUUUUGUGCUGAAAAUCUGAACAUGGAUGAUAAACCUCUACAAAACUUCAGGGCCAGUGUUUCUUGUCAUCAUUGGAGGGGGCCUGAAGUUCGCCAAAUAGAUAAAUGUGUGCUACUCAAGGAUGGAGUUGAGCAGUUUGAGGAAGUGGAUAACUUUAGCGUUAGUAUGCCAGAAAUUCCGCUUGAAGAGCUUCAGAAAAGAGGAAGAGAAUAUGAAAAUGCAGUUGAAAUGUGCAGAUUGGCUCUUCAAGAUUACCAAUCUAACCAUCCCGAAGAAUGCUAUGAGUUUGUGAGCCUGAAGAAGGUGAAACGUUGUCUCAAUCAUGGUUUUGAGUACAAACUUGUAUUUCUUGCCAAAAACAUGACUCUUUAUGACAAUCCUCUGGCAACCUUUCAAGCCUUGGGUGAUCACCUCGUGCGAGCUGUUGAAACACUUGACUGCAAGAUCCUUGAAUAGGGUUAUAGUAUGGUAACCCGCACUGGCAGAAUACUUAUCUAGUAGUCUAUGUUUACUAAGUAGUGUUCAACACUGUAAUCUCAGGACUUGGUGUGGCAUUCUGUCAUUGUUGGAACUCUGAUGCCUGUUAAAAGUUCAGGUGGCUAUCUUAGGAUGUUUCUACAGUUUUUAAUCAGUGGAAUUAUGUCUGUUGUGUUCA